GGCACGUUCCUCCAGUGUACGUGUGUCUUGGCAACACACUACACAUUGUCAACAACAUGACGAAGUUGGUGAUAGCAGGUCAUGCUGAUUGCCCCUACUAUGCCCGGGCUGAACUUCUUGCGGAUGAUCUGAAGAUCAAUCUGCCCAGUUUUAGUGUCCACAAAAUUGUCAAACAUCCAAAAGAAUGGGAGCCGUGGCUUCAGCAGCUGUGUAAGAAGAAUGGCUGGGGCCAUCGCAAGUCUCCCAUCGUAUGGCGAGAGCUCAUCGACCGAGGUGGGAAAGGCGUUCUCAUCGGAGGCUCCAAUGAAUUCCAGGAGUACGCCAGCGGCUACUACGGGAUCACAUCCAAGCAGAUGAGUACCGAUAUGACCAAGAUUGCCGGCGAGAAUAUCGAGACUAAACUGCUCGUCGACGCCGAGGAAGAACACGAGAGAAGUCUGAGUAAGCCCCUGCAUGUUUGCAUCACCAACGCUGCAAGCCCUGUUGCGUACCACAUGCUGCGUGAGAUAGCUCAGGGUGACGUGCUCGGCAAGGGCACCGAGGUUUCCAUAAAGCUACUGACAGAACCCGACUGUAUCAAAACAGUUGAGGGUAUGAAAAUGGAAAUGGAGGACUUGGCUUGCCCUCUCCUUCGUAACAUCGUACUGACUACGGAUGUGAAACAUGCCUUCAAGGAUGCGAGUGCCAUCAUCUUUUUGGAUGAGAUUGCGCAAUCAGAGGAUAUGGAGAAGGCGGAGUGGCUGAGACAAAAUGCUGAGGUGUACACAGAGUACGCUAAAGUAUUGAACAAUACGGCACUACCAGACGUCAAGGUGAUUGUGGCCGGCACAGGUCCGCUGAACUUCAACGCUUUCAUACUCGGACAUUUCACCCCUUCCAUUCUGAGACAGAAUGUCGUAGCCCUAGCACGCCUUGAAGAGAAUCAUGCUAAGUCGGCCAUCGCCAGACGCAUCAAGGUCAAAACGGCCGGGGUCAUGAACCUCGUGAUCUGGGGCAACAUUGGCGGAACAACGCACACCGAUCUGAAGAAAGCAAAAGUGCGGGGUUGCGACGGCGCCAUUUGGGGUCCGCCAUUUUACUCUAGGCCAGUUGGUGAAAUGGUCCAUGAUGACAAGUGGCUGCAAACGGAAUACCUCGAGGGAUUGAAGACAUAUAAGGAAACUAUAGAGGGAGCCCUUAAACACCGCGCAGCAUUCUCUGAAGCUCACUCUAUCAUUAGUCUUCUGACAGACUGGUGGAAUGGCUCAAAGGGAGACAACUUGUAUUCUCUUGGUGUCCUGUCUGAAGGUUGGUACGAUCUCCCAGAAGGCAUUGUGUUCUCCCUGCCCGUCAAGUUCCAGAAAGGAAACUGGGAGGUCGCUCAAGACAUCAACAUCAGCGAAGACGUCCACAAGACGCUCAAGUCGAUUGCCGAGGAGCUCAUUAAGGAGAAGGAAGUCAUCUUCCCUCCUCCACGGGUCUCCCCGCCUCCUGGGGUAGAAGAGGUUAGUGAUGAGAGCGAGAAGAAAGUGUUUGGAACGGACGAGAUGGGAGAAGCAGGAAAGGAGAAUGGAGAGAUAAAUGAGCAGAGUGGGGAGGGUGUGACGAAGGAGGAUGGACCAUUGUCUAAGAUUCCUGAGGAGUCGGAGGUGGACAGUAAGGAAGGGGAGAAAACAACAGAAACAGAGAAAUCAGGAGAAGAAGCCUAACUUGAAAUUGUUCCUGCAAAAACAACAGGAAGGACUUAUGAGGGCUAUUGGUAUUUUGUUGGAUUACCUUUUAAUUAACUUUUAAAUGGAUUAAUCAAUUAGGCUCCUUGACAGUAUGAAAUUUGAACCGGAAUCGUCAGAACAAAUUUGAGUGACCAUGAUAUUGCAUGCAUAAGUCCUUUCUGUUAGCUCAACAUAACGUUGUUUAAUGCAGGCAUGAUACUCUGUUUUCCAAUUUUAUUUAUUUUUUUCCUGAAAAAGUGUAACUCAUAAGGCCUAUUGCAGCCUGUACAGUGUUGGUCCAUGGUAAAUAAAAGGUAGGACAAUUUUAUGGAGUACAAACGGCUGACGACCUACAGGGAGAUCAGCCUUUGUACUCAAUAAAAUUGUCCUUCUUUUUUCCAAGGACCAAAUAUCGCGCCUGAUAAUGUUACCUUUAAAUUACUCCAUUGUCUCCCAGUUCCAUUACUCAUCCAUAGGUAUUGCGUAUUAUAUAACACCCAAGCAGAUCCUUGCCAUUUGAUUGGAGGAUUGUCCGUCACGUGAUAGCAAA